AUGAUGAAACGGAACAUUCUUUUUGACCCGUCCCACCAAUCGCGCAUAUGUUAUGCACAUACACGUUUCGUCUUACAUUUCUUACUACGAUCUAAAUGUCAAAGGAGCGAGGGCCCUUGGACUUCAAAAUGUGUUGGAGAAUCCGCUUUUGAGAACUCAGGCUUGUAUAAGCAUGACCAGCCCGAGUUCGGGUGCUAUCAUAUCGCAGAGCUGAAUGACCCUGCCUACCCACACGUCAAGGCAGUCAUGUACAAUAACUUGGUUGCCACAGAUUCCACAGUCCUUUAUGGCGAGUUGAUUCCAACCCUCAGGAUUAUGUUGACACAGCUUCGGAAGCGAAAAUUCAUGGCAUCAAAUUGUCUCACGGGUGUUGAUCCUCUCCCUUAUGGGAUUACAAGCCCGAGUAAGUGA